AUGGGCACUUCUACUCCAUUACUGGAUUUCAUGGUGCCUGAAUAUGAUUCUACUACUUUGGAUUACUACGUUGAUGAGGAUGCCAUUCCAUGCUUCAAGCAUAAUAUCAAAGAGUUGGCUUCCAAGUUCUUGCCUCCUCUGUACUCCCUGGUGCUCAUCGUGGGCUUGCUGGGCAAUGCUGCGGUGGUGCUGAUCCUCACAAAGUACAAGAGGCUCACAAGCAUGACCAAUAUCUACCUUUUCAAUUUGGCUGUCUCUGAUCUGCUUUUCCUUGUUACGCUUCCAUUCUGGAUUCACUAUGAGAAGCAAAAUGAUUGGGUCUUUGGGAACACCAUGUGUAAACUCCUUACAGCGUUGCAUUAUUUAGGCUUAUUCAGUGAAAUCUUCUUUAUCAUCCUGUUGACUAUUGAUAGGUACGUGGCCAUCGUCCAUGCGGUGUUUGCCAUCAGGGUCAGGAGGGUGGUCCUCAGCAUCACAACAAGCAUCAUUACUUGGGUCGUGGCCCUCUUGACUUCUCUCCCCGACAUUAUCUUCACUAAAUCUCAGUGGGAAUUUACUCAUUACACCUGCAGCCUGCAUUUCCCACAUGAGACCUCAAGGAUGUGGAGAAAAUUCCAGGCUUUGAAACUGAACUUCCUGGGACUCAUUCUGCCCUUGUGGGUCAUGAUUGUCUGCUACACAGGGAUCAUAAAAAUCCUGCUUAAACGGAGGAAUGAGAGGAAAUGGAAAGCUGUAAAGCUGAUUUUUGCCAUCAUGAUUAUCUUCUUUCUCUUCUGGACGCCCUAUAACAUCACAGUUCUAAUAUCUGCUUUUGAUGAAUCCAUCUUCACACCCGACUGUGAGAAAAGCAAGCAAUUAGACUUGGCAAUACAAGUGACCGAAAUCAUCGCCUUCACACACUGUUGUGUCAACCCUGUGAUCUAUGCCUUUAUUGGGGAAAGGUUUCAGAAAUAUCUCUCUCACUUUGUCCGCAACCACAUUGCAGUGCACCUGUGCAGACAUAUCCCAUCCUUCUUGAAGGACAGACUGGAGCGGACCAGUUCUAUCUCUCCACCUACUGGGGAACAUGAACUCUCAGAUGAAUUUUAG